AUGGACGAAUUUAUUUCUCUUCUGAAGAUUCUCAAGAAGAAUGAUAAAAUUGCACAAAACGUUCUUCUUAUGAUUUCAGAGAGUUUUAGGUACAACGAGGAAGUGAUGAGUGAUGCACUAAUUAAGCACCACAGAAGCCUUCUCUCAAAGGAACCUGUUUUAGAUUUUCUUUUUCUACUCUGCAAUAAAGACGCAAGAUAUUUAAAUCUCUUUAGAAGAUACAAGGAAGAAUUCGAUACGGACCACAAAAUUUCCAGGUUGUUAUCUGGAGAGGAUUUGGAGGAAAGGCCUAAGAAACCAAAGGUAGAUAGCAAGGGAAAUUCAAAACCUGCCGACAUUAAGGGAUGCAGUGAUGCAAAACACUUCCCUGUGAAUCCCGUGUCCGAUAGUAACCCUAAGGAUAAAGAACCAUCCAACAAAAGAAUAGGCCAAAACGUGUUUGAGGAGGCAAAAUCAAAAAACUCAUGGGAUAGAAAGGAAAACGAGCUUGGGAUCUUGAACAAUGAAUACUUGAAGAUUGAUGUGGAUCCGUCUGUCCUAUACCCUCCAAAUCAAUGCAAAUUGUGUGGGUUAAGAUAUGAAGAUACGCCAGAGGGCGAUGAGCAGAUGAGGAUCCACAUUGAUGAACAUAGGAGAAAAGCAAGGGUAUUGGGAGAGAAAGAUUGCAUAAGUAGAGAAUUCUUUCCAACUUUAGAGGCAUGGACCAAGAAUAUUGAAAAAAUCAAGCUCAGGCUAGAGGUUGAAAAGGUUGAGAAAAUCGCACACUCCGGAGGUCCUGCACUUUGUGAUGUGUGUCGCAACAAAAUAGAAGUUGAAUGGGAUGACCAAGAAGACAGAUGGAUAUUGAAGGAUGCCAUCUCCCUUGAAAAGGGUGGAAGAACAACCUUUUGCCAUAGAAAAUGUGUUUUGUAG